AUGGCCACCUCGUUCACCAGUGUCGGCGUCGCCAAAUGGCUUGCCGAGGCUCUCGACACCAUGAAGAUCCACACCCCCACCGCCAUCCAAAAGGAGUGCAUCCCCCCCAUCCUCAAAGGGCACGACUGUAUCGGCGGGGCCAAAACCGGGUCCGGUAAGACCAUCGCCUUUGCGGCUCCCAUGCUUACCCAGUGGUCCGAAGACCCCUUUGGCAUUUUCGGCUUAAUCCUUACCCCCACCAGAGAAUUAGCCAUGCAAAUCGCCGAGCAGUUCGCCGCUCUCGGUGCUCUGAUGAAUGUCAAAUUGGCAGUGGUCGUCGGUGGUGAAGAUAUGAUCAAACAGGCGCUUGAGCUCCUGAAACGACCCCAUUUUGUCAUUGCUACGCCCGGGAGACUUGCCCAUCACGUGUUGAACCUGGGCGAAGAGACGAUCGCCGGUCUUCGCCGGGUGAAGUAUUUGGUGCUCGAUGAAGCCGAUCGUCUUUUACUGAAUUCGUUCUCUAAGGACUUGGCUCGGUGCUUCUCGGUGUUGCCUCCUGCUGAUAAACGGCAGACUCUAUUAUUUACGGCUACCGUUACUGAUGCCGUGAGAGCGCUUAAGGAUAAGCCUACGCCUCCGGGUAAACCGCCAGUGUUUAUUCAUGAAGUGGAAACUGUGGACCAAGUCGCGAUCCCGCUGACACUUAAGAUCGAAUACGUGUUUGUCCCUUCAUACGUCAAAGACUCCUACUGCGUCCAAGUGCUCCGCCUCGAGCAGUUUGCCGAAUCGACGGCAGUGGUGUUUGUCAACCGCACCCACACCGCCGAAGUGUUGAGACGCACGCUACGCAAACUAGAUUUCAAGGUCGCCAGUCUUCAUUCGGAAAUGCCCCAGUCGGAACGGACAAACUCAUUGCAUCGGUUCAAAGCCGGUGCUGCUCGCAUCUUAAUCGCCACCGACGUGGCGCUGAGAGGGUUGGAUAUCCCCUCAGUCGGAUUGGUAAUCAACUUUGAUCUCCCUGCUGACCCUGACGAUUUCAUUCACAGAGUCGGGAGAACUGCCAGAGCUGGCAGACGUGGUACCGCAGUUUCGAUUAUUGCUGAAAAGGAUAUUGAUAGAGUCCACGCCAUCGAGGAGCGUAUCAACAAGAAGAUGGAGUUGUUGGAGGACAUUAAGGACGACGACGUCAUCGAACAGCUGUUACAAGAGGUGUCGAUGGCGAAGCGGGAGGCAUUGCUGGAGAUGGACAAGGAGCACUUCGGCGAGAAGCGACAGCUGCAAAAGCGUCGUCAACAGCCGGACGAGGCAGCCGCAGCAGAGACCUCCAAGCCCAAGCGCAAACACAAAAAGACCUCUAAAGCAUAG